GAAGCGCGGCGGGGCCGUCCCGGGGCAUUGCCGGGGCCGCCAUGGAGGAGGCGCAGCGGCUGCUGACGGUGUCGGUGUGGAAGCUUUACCGGUGCCGGGUGCGGCGGGGCGGCCUCCGCUUGCACCGGAGCCUGCAGCUCUCGCUGCUCGUCCGCGCCGCACGACAUCGGUACCUGAGCGCCCGAGCCGCCGCCGGGAUCCUCCCGGGACCGGAGAUUAGCGGGGCUGCGAGGAACGGAGCGAGCCCGGUACCGGAGAUUAGCGGGGCCGCGAGGAAUGGAGCGAGCCCGGUACCGGAGAUUAGCGGGACCGCGGGGAAUGGAGCCAGCCCGGUACCGGAGAUUAGCGGGGCUGCGAGGGACGGAGCGAGCCCGGUACCGGAGAUUAGCGGGGCUGCGGGGAACGGAGUGACCCCGGUACCGGAGAUUAGCGGGACCGCGGGGAACGGAGUGACCCCGGUACCGGAGAUUAGCGGGGCUGCGAGGGACGGAACGAGCCCGGUACCGGAGAUUAGCGGGGCUGCGAGGGACGGAGCGACCCCGGUACCGGGAGGCGACCCGAACGGGGACCCCCGGUGCCCGAACACACCGAGCGCGGAGCGGCCGGACCGAGCGACGAACCGGACCGAGCAAGAAUGGGGGAACCCCCUCAGGGACUGCACCGGGGACCCCCGGAACCCACCGAGCGCAGCCCCCCGCAGUGAACGGUACCGGGGAUGCCCCCCCGAGCGACCGAGUGCGGAGCCCUCGAGCCCCGCGAACCGGGACCGGGACCCCGCCCUGACCGCGGGUCCCCGUCCCGCCCCGGACCCCGCGAACCGGGACCCGCCUCCCGCUGCCCCCGGCCCUCCCCGGUCCACCGGAGCGCCCCGGGCCGGGCAGAAGCGGCGCAGCAGCGGCUCGGCGGGGCCGGGCCGGGGGCCGGUACCGAGCAAACGGGCGCGGUUGGAGGCGGAGGCGCCGCCGGUGCCACCGGGGCCGCCCGGGCGCUGCUCGGGACCGCCCGCAGCCGCUUUCGGUUUCCUGGUCCGCGCCGUCGGGGCGUGCUGAGCCCUCCGGGGAGCCGACACGGAACUUAACGGGGAUCCCCCGGGACACACGGACAUUAACGGGGAUCCCCCCGGGACACACGGAACCGGUUCUGGAAAGCCCCGGGACACGCGGACAUUAACGGGGAACCCCCGGGACACACAGAAAUUAACGGGGAACCCCCCGGGACACGCGGACAUUAACGGGGAACCCCCGGGACACACAGAAAUUAACGGGGAUCCCCCAAACUGCUGCGGGCCCCCGGUGGAACGGAACCGGACACGAACGGACUCUCGGGGCUCCCGGUGGGGUUCCAGGCUGGCCCUGCC